AUGGAGUGCGUUCCUUACUCUGUGAUACCCAGUGUUGCAGUCAAGGAGGUCCCCAGGCCCAAUGUGGAAAACGCAAGCAAUGAGGGGUCACAAGAGCAAGAGAAAGACAUGGUGGACUCGUUUCACCUAAGAGAUUUGUGGAAAGCUUACGAGGAGUGGAGCGCUUACGGCGCCGGAGUCCCGAUCGUACUGCCUAACGGAGAGUCCGUGGUGCAAUACUAUUUCCCUUCCUUAUCAGCAAUGCAAAUCUUCACUUACAAGAAGCUCGCUGAGCCGUGUCUCGAUCUCAAAUCUUCCAAGAGGUCUGGAGAGGGGUCGUCAUCAACUGAGUCCGAGCGCGAGACCGUGAGCAGUGAUGGAAGCAAGAGCAGCUCAGGCACCCCAAGCAAUGACUCAAACAACGCAUUUGCUAGGCGAGAAGGCUCGGAACGAGUCGAAGAGUAUCACGGCGAACUGUACUGCCAAUACAAUGAGAUCGUGAACCCGUAUUCCCGACUCCCCCUAACUGAGAAGAUCAAAGAACUGGCACGGAAGUAUCCUGGCUUGACAACUUUCCGGAGCACCGACCUCACGCCUCACAGUUGGUUGGCCAUUGCUUGGAAAGAUCAGCUUAAUGCCGACCAAAGAUCAUUGAUUGACGUUGACGCUUUUAGGUACCCGAUCCUCCAGAUACCCGUGAUGAGAAACCGCAAGGAAUUAUCUGCAUCUUUCCUUACUUACCACAGGCUAUCGUGGUCUCCUCAAGGUCUGGUGAGUGUCAUUCCAGAAGACAAUCAGAGAAUUGAAUCCAUUAUUCCACCAAGAAGAGAAAGCAAAGUCCUGACAAAUGGAGAAUGUAAGUAUGAGAUCGGGAUUCCUCCAUUUGCAAUGAGCACAUAUAAGAUGAAUGGUGCGUUUUGGAUCAAUCCUAAGACAGUUGAUCACGAGAUGAUGGUUUCCUAUCAGCGUGCUGCUUGGUUCUGGUUAAGAGAGCACAAAUUUAGUCAUCAUGAUUACAACUUCUUUGUGUCUCAUGGUAUAUGA